AAUUCCCGCCCUCCCGCCGUAUCUGUUACAUUCUUUCGCACUUUGAAGCAAAUGUACUUUGUAUCAGUUCCGUUCUAUUGAAUCGUUCCGUUCUUAGGCGAUCUGCGUUUCAUAUCGGCAUGAGUACAUUAUUGGGUUAUUUAUCUAUUUAAUGUAUGUGUUCCUGAAGAUCAGGAGGAAGGAAAAGCAUCUUCGUCACUUUGUUCCCGUCAUCAGGGCAUCAGCGCACCAGUAACCACAGUAAACAGCAGAAAUGGCCGAAGCCCAUCAGGCCGUGGCGUUUCAGUUCACUAUAACUCCAGAGGGGAUCGAUCUGCAGCUAUCCCAUCAGGCCCUGAGACAGGUUUAUCUGUCAGGUCUUCGCUCGUGGAAGAAACGCGUCGUUCGGCUGAAGAACAACGUGAUCACCGGCGUGUAUCCUGCUAGUCCGUCCUCUUGGCUGUUUGUUGUCAUCGCAAUCCUGGCCACCAUGUACACACGUUCUGACCCCUCCAUGGGCCUGAUCGCUAAAAUCCAGGAACAUCUGCCCGUCAGUGAUUCUCUGAGCGUUCAGUGCCGGACGGUGGUGUCGGCUGUGUUGUUCAGUACGCUCCUCUGGUUGUCUCUUAUCUUCACCAUGAGACUUUGUCUGAAGCAGUUACUGUCCUAUCACGGCUGGAUGUUCGAGCAACAUGGGAAAGUGUCCACCACCACCAAAAUCUGGGCGGCCAUGGUUCGGAUCUUCUCCGGCAGACAGCCUUUGUUGUACAGCUACCAGGGGUCUCUACCCAACCUGCCCGUACCGGCGGUGAAGGACACCGUUAAGAGGUAUCUGGAAUCUGUGCGUCCAUUGAUGAACGAUUCUGAAUAUGAGAGGAUGACAAAUCUAGCCAAAGAGUUCGAGGGCAGUCUGGGGAACCGCCUGCAGUGGUACCUCAAACUCAAAGCCAUGUGGGCUUCCAACUAUGUCAGCGAUUGGUGGGAGGAGUAUGUCUACCUGAGGGGGCGUGGCCCAAUUAUGGUCAAUAGCAACUACUAUGGAAUGGACUUCCUCUACGUGACGCCAACACCCAUUCAAGCCGCACGGGCAGGCAACACGCUUCACGCUUGCCUCUUGUACCGCAGGAAACUCAACCGCGAGGAAAUCAAACCUAGUCGUGUUCCAGGUUUAAAUGUUCCUCUGUGUGCAGCUCAGUGUGAGAGGAUUUUCAACACCACACGGAUUCCAGGGGAAGAGACGGAUUCACUGGUCCACUGGCAGGACAGCGAGUAUGUGGCUGUGUUUCACAGAGGUCGCUAUUUCCGCCUGUGGCUGUAUCACGCCGGCCGUAUGCUGUCCCCGAGAGAGAUCGAACACCAGGUUCAGAGUAUCAUCGACAACCCGUCACCCCCUGCGCCGGGAGAGGCCAAGCUCGCUGCUCUGACAGCGGGAGACAGAAUCCCUUGGGCUCAGGCCAGAAAGGACUUUUUUAGCUCGGGGGUGAACAAGAGAUCUCUGGACUGCAUCGAGAAAGCCGCGUUCUUCGUUGCCCUCGACGACGAUGAGCAAGGCAUGAUGGGAGACGACCCAGCUGGGAAUUUGGAUCGAUAUGCCAAGUCGCUGUUUCACGGCAAGUGCUACGACAGGUGGUUUGAUAAGUCUUUCACUGUGGUGCUCUAUAAGAAUGGAAAGAACGGACUGAACGCUGAGCACUCGUGGGCAGACGCACCUGUGAUGGCUCACCUGUGGGAGUAUGUGAUGACAACAGACUGCUUCCAGUUGGGUUAUAAUGAAGAAGGCCACUGUAAAGGAGAGGUGGACUCAUCGCUGCCGCGUCCUCAGAGACUCACCUGGGAUAUAUCUGCAGAGUGUCAGGAGCAUGUGGAGAGGUCUCUUGCUGUGGCACAGGCACUGGCCGACGAUAUCGACUUCCACGUGUACCCUAUACAAGAAUUUGGCAAGGGCGCCAUCAAGAAGUGUAAAAUCAGUCCUGAUGCCUUCAUUCAGAUCGCUUUACAGCUGGCCUAUUACAGGAAUAGAGGAACGUUCACUCUGACAUACGAAGCGUCUAUGACGCGUUUGUUCCGCGAGGGCCGUACCGAAACCGUCCGUUCCUGCACCAGCGAGAGCUAUGCUUUUGUCAAAGCGCUUGAGAGCGGAGAGAGUAAGGAGGUGUGCCGACACCUGUUCCGCGCGGCGGCUGAGAGACACCAGAACCUCUACAGGAUGGCCAUGACGGGCGCGGGCAUAGACCGACACCUGCUCUGCCUCUACAUCGUCUCCAAAUACCUGGGAGAAGAGUCGCCGUUCCUCAAGGAGGUGCUCUCUGAUACCUGGCGUCUCUCCACCAGUCAGACUCCUCUCCAGCAGGUGGAGCUGUUCGAUUUUGUCAAUCACCCAGAUUACACCACCUGCGGCGGAGGAUUUGGUCCAGUGGCGGAUGACGGAUACGGCGUAUCUUACAUCAUCAUUGGAGACAACAUGAUCAACCUCCACAUUUCCAGCAAAUUCUCUUGCCCUCAGACUGACUCUCAUAAGUUUGGAGCUCAGAUCGUCCAGGCCAUGAAAGACCUCCUGAUGUUGACGUCACCAGAAAAACCAGACGGGUCCAAAACUGAGAACCACUUUCAGAAUAAAAAACACCUGUAGCGGUGCAAAAGGUUCACGGCAACGGCCAAAAUCAGAAGGUCACAUAGGAAACUGAGUGUGUGUGUGCGUGCGUGCGUGCGUGCUUGUUUGUUUGUUUGUUUGUUUAUUUAACGCAUGUUUAGGUCAUACAAAUAUGCGUUCGUACAUUCCAUGCUUGUAUAAAAAUGCAACGAUGCCAUGAAGCCAUGAACAACAUGAAGAAUGUAUCAAUGGUGGAAGUUGCUUCGUCAUAAAAAUAGAAAGAGGUGAGAGAGGUUUCUCACCGUGAGGGCCAGUUCCCUGGAUCACUUACAUUCAAUUGCUUCUAAUGAUUAGAGUUUAUGAAGAUUUAAAAUGAUUUAGUAGAAUAAUGAUGAUGAUGGAUGUCUCAUAAUCUAACCCGCUAGCGUAUCUGAGAUCACAGCACUGCAUCACCUCUGUAUCUUCUGAUGAAGACACUUUCACCUGCUUUCACAGCACUUACAAAUUCUGCAUUUAAACAGGCUAUGUUAAGCUGUUCAAGAUCACUUUACUUGAAACUGUAUUUCAGGUUACAGUCAAUUAUGACUCAGAACACCACACGUGACUGCAGUGAAUGUGAUUGUCCAGAUACUGUAUAUUGAUUAUUGUGGCAUGUUGACCUCACUGAAGUCGAAGUCAUUUUAAGUGUUUUUUAUUAUUAUUUAAAUAUGCUGCAAAUAUAACACAAUAACUUUAUACUUAUUCACAAGGUAUUUAGUCAGUCUUAGUUGGUUUUGAAACAGUUUAAGAAUGGCAUUAUAAGAAAGUAACGCCGAGAAAAUCUUGAACGCAUUUCUGUGAACAUCUCAAGCUUAUUAAGGUGUGAGCUGUAGUUGGUGUUUACUGUGGUACAAUAAUAAUUCUGAAGGUAGCUUCCUAAAAAGGAAAGAUUGCAAACAAAUAAAACGAUCAAUUUUACAUCAACCAAAUAAGAAUCUAAUUUAACCUAGAAAAUAUUUUUGUGUAAGGACCAAAAUGUUGGUGUGAGAUAUGAGGCCUAUAAUGAUGUACUGUAAGUGUUCACACAGCACCUCAAGCGCUCAUAUUUUGUGAAGGACAUCUAGUUGGUGACAUCAAAUUCACAAUCAUCAACAACCUCAAAAACUGACAACACACAAUCUUCAUCGAUCUGCAUUUAAUGACACAUCCGUUCUUACAGUAAGUGUGCUGCUGACCAAUAGUGUUGCUUUCAUAAGAGAAAAAUGAAGACACAUCAAAGCUUCCCCGAUAUUCCAUUUGGAUUUGCUCUGUUUUCACCAGCGUUUUCUUUGGCAGCUGAACCUUGUUUCUGUGGUACCUGUUAAACUCAGUUUUAUAAUAUUCAGACGUUGUUUCAUUUAUAAAGUUGCCUUUGGAGUUCUUAGAUAUGGUCAUUGUGAAAAUGUCGGUAUGUAUUUCAGAACGCCUUUCUGUGAAUCUUACCACUGCAUUUACACCCAUCACUGUAUAAUCUACUUGAGUUUAAACUUCACUGAUGAUUUUAUUGUUGUUCAUAACUAUUAUUAUUAUAAAUAUGAUUGCUCUUCUAAUAAUUAAGGUGACGCUGAAAACAGUAGCAAUGCAAGAGUUUGUGUAGUGUAGAUGUUAGUGUGAAAAGACGAGUAUUUGACCUCAUCUGUCUUCUGAAUGAAUGUGUUCUGGGCCAGUACUGUAUUCUCUCUCGGCUCGUCUUUUCCUCGUAUUUAAGCUCAUUGUUUGGUUGAAGAUCACUGCAAAGCUUUUCUCUUUCUCUGGCAAUCUGUCGCUCCUUCACAUUUGACAUCUGAAUGGAAAGGAAAAGACAAGCUCACUUUUUUAUUAAAAUGGUUCAAGCACA